CUUCCCGCGCUUUCCCCACCGGGGCUUACUGCUGGAUACUUCGCGCCACUACCUGCCGCUAUCCAGCAUUCUGGACACACUGGAUGUCAUGGCGUACAACAAACUGAAUGUGUUCCACUGGCACCUGGUGGAUGACCCCUCCUUCCCGUAUGACAGCAUCACCUUCCCCGAGCUCGCCACAAAGGGGUCCUACAACCCUGUCACCCACAUCUACACAGCACAGGACGUAAAGGAAGUCAUUGAAUAUGCGAGGCUUCGGGGGAUCCGUGUACUGGCAGAAUUCGACACCCCUGGCCACACAUUAUCCUGGGGAUCAGGUAUCCCUGAGUUGUUGACUCCUUGCUACUCUGGUUCUCAGCCCUCUGGUGACUUUGGACCGGUGAAUCCCAUUCUCAACAGUACUUAUGAGUUCAUGAGCUCAUUCUUCUUGGAGAUCAGCUCUGUUUUCCCGGAUUUUUAUCUUCACCUUGGAGGAGAUGAGGUGGACUUCACCUGCUGGAAGUCCAACCCAGAUAUUCAGGCCUUUAUGAAGAAGAGGGGCUUUGAUGACUUCCGGCAGCUGGAAUCCUUCUACAUCCAGAAGCUGUUGGACAUCGUCUCUGCCUACAACAAGGGCUAUGUGGUGUGGCAGGAGGUGUUUGACAACAAAGUCAAGGUUCGGCCAGACACGAUCGUACAGGUGUGGCGGGCAGAGAAGCCUGUCACCUACAUGCAGGAGAUGGAAUUGGUUACUAAGGCCGGCUUCCGGGCGCUGCUGUCUGCACCCUGGUACCUGAACCGCAUCACAUAUGGCCCCGACUGGAAGGCCAUGUACAGAGUCGAGCCCCUGGACUUCGAAGGAUCCCUCGAGCAGAAGGCGCUGGUGAUUGGGGGAGAGGCCUGCAUGUGGGGCGAGUGGGUGGACAGCACAAACCUGGUCCCCAGGCUCUGGCCCAGGGGAGGGGCGGUUGCUGAGAGGCUGUGGAGCAGCAACCUGACCACAGACCUGGACUUUGCCUAUACACGCCUGUCGCACUUCCGCUGCAAGUUGCUGAGGCGGGGAGUCCAAGCUGAGCCCAUCGGCGUUGGCUACUGUGAGCAGGAGUUUGAGGAAACCUGAGCCCAUAGUGCUGGCACCAAGUAAACACGGAUUACCUGUGUUAAAGAAAGAAGCAAAUGUCCCAAGGCGAUGGGAGCUGCCUUGUCUGACAGAGCAGCUCAGGACCCAGUUGCAGGAGAGUCUUAAAGUUGAGGACUAGGACUGAAACCUGCGCUUCUGUGCUCCGCUCUUUUUGGUUGAGACAAGGUGUCAGUGCUGUGUGGUUCAGGUUGGCCUUGAACUCACUGCAAUCUUCCUGCCUCAGCCUCUUGUGCUGGGGUUGUAGCUUGGCCUAUGUGCUGCUAUAUAAAUAUAUAUAUUUUGGUGGUACCAGGGAUCAAACUGAGGACCUCUCACUUGCCAGGCAGGUGCUGUGCUGCUCUCUUCAGCCUAUGCUUUGCUAGGUCUCUCCUCACCCACUCAUCCUCACCCUGGUCACUGCUCUGCUGAAUCCCACCUGCAAGGCUGGUGUAUAUGGAAGGAGCUUCUCAGGGGCCUGAAGGAAUUCUGAGCAGUGGCGGAGGCUCCAGCCCCUCUACGGGUGCACCCUUCCCCUAGAACUCUGUUCUCUUCCCCUUUUGCUGCUACUACUUUCAUUCAGCCACUAUUUUAAAACUCCUUCUCAGCACACAUUUGCAGUACACACUGAUCACAUCCAUCAUAGGGAGGUAGGCCGUGCACAUGACACUUUAAUUCCAUUUACAUCCCCUUCCCAUUUGCAAAGCUUCAUUUCCUCACUUCCGGUUGUCGUCAUCCACUCUUUAAAUGUUCCCGAGCACUUUCCAAGGUUCAGGCACCAAGAGAGGUGUUGACCCUGAAAUAAUACAGGCAGCUUCUGCCACCUCCUACCCCCUUGUCAGCCUGAAGUGUCCCCAGCUGGGUGGCACGACGGAUGCCAUGCCAGCAGAGAACCUGGGGGCAGGGGCUGGUGACCAGCUUUCUCUCUGGGGAAAAUGACUCAAUGUGGUCCCAGGCACAGUGCUGCUCUUCUGUUGAGAAGCAACAAAGUAACCCAGAGAUUAGGACCGUGGUGUACAGCAUCCCUUUGGAAUGAGCGUCUCGUUGGCUAUUACUACAUUCCUUUUCCUGGUCUGGGGCUGGGACCAUGGAGAGGUCCUGGGCCUUUGUCUCAGAAGCUGAGAGAAGGGAGCUGAGGAAAACUUGGUCCUUCAGCAGCAUCCUGUCAUCUUUGAUCAUGUUCUGUGGGGACCUGGUUAGUGACAACCAGCCCUGUCUCUUGGGAGGUAUCUGCAGGGACCCGGUCAGCAGAAGUCCUGCCUGGCCACGCCUAGAACUCCGCACCUGUACCCCCAAGCAGUCCCCCUUACCUCUGGCCCUGUAGCUGAAGCCUGUGGGGUGGUGAUCCCAGCAAGGACCCCACAGAAAUGCUGCUACCCUCAUGCCCCUGCUCCCCUGUGGUCAUAACUGUUGUUCCUAUUAUUUGGAAUGAUGUUAAAUAAAAAGCGAAGACAUUAAGUUGUAGGGCAACAAAGAAAUAAACAUAAAAACACUUGUUAUA